AUGUCGCUGCAAGCCUGGGAAUGGGAGGAUGAGGACAUGGAGAGCAUGGGGCCCAUGUCCUCCACGGGCAGCUUUUGCCAAUCCAUGAGCGAGUGUGAUGUGGAGGACUACAUGAAUGCCAGGUCCCGGGCCCUCGAGUCAGAGUCUGACCAUCUGUACAGCAGCACCGCGUCCUCCAGCACUUUAAACGCUGACGUGCCCCAGGUGGUCCCCUGCAAAUUCAUCAUCUCACUGGCCUUCCCCGAGAUUGUGAGUCCGAAGAGAAAAUUCGUAAGUUUGCUCGAAAAAUACAGGAAACACUCCAAAAUGGAAAAAUCUGUUGCAAAGGGUCAUCGUAUCUACCACAUUGAGUAUUUCCUUCUGCCAGAAGAUAAAGAGCCUAAAAUCAUGGACAUGGUGGUGUUUCCAUCGGUGGUCAAAUUGUUCAUGGAUACGGGAGUAAAGACCAUGAAGCCACGUCAGGAAGGAAACAAAGUCUGGGUGUCAUGGACCCACAGGUUUAACAUCAACGUGACAAAGGAAUUACUCAAGAAAAUCAAUUUCCACAAAAUAACCUUGAGGCUCUGGGACACUACGGACAGGAUUCCCAAAAAAAUCAGGUUUUAUCGAAUAAAGGCUUCUGCCUACUCAGAAGAUGGAGGAUCUUUUGCUGGUGGCCUUGGCAUUUCAGGAAUACCAACUAUUUCUUUGGGAGGAGCAACAGUGAUGGAGAUGAAGGAAUUAAUUGAGAGACCAUUACUUAGCAGCUUAACAAACAUAAUAUAAAAGCUCUGCACCCCCGUGUACUGCAAGUACCAGUUUCAUAAGACUCCCGUUCACCAGACCGAGGGGCAGCCCCAUGGAAACCACGUCUCCUUCAAGGACCUCAAUGUCAUCUUCCUUGGGGCAAUGAACUCCAAUGACCUGAGGGAAUACCUGGAGGGCCCCCCAAUGGUGGUAGAAGUUCAUGAUCGAGACCGAAAGUCAGAGGAGUAUUCCAGGAAGCCCACCCUGUUUGGGGAGGACCCUCUGGAUUCAUACCUCAACUUUCAGGCCUUCAUCUCUCCCGAAGAGACAAAGAACAACCCCUUUGAAUCCCAAAACAAGAUGUGGGACCCGUAUGGAGUCGCCCGGGUAAGUUUUGCUGACCUCCUCCUCGGCCACAAGUACUUGAACUUGGCUAUCCCCAUCCACAAUUGUAAGUCCAAGCCCACACACCAUGACGAGGACGGCAGGAGCAGGAAGGUUGUGGGAUUUAGGGCCCCUAAUGAUUCCCAUCACACCCCAAUGCCGAUGGGCAACUACAUAGACGCCAACUCCCUGCUCAAGCUGAGAGUGGACAUCACGGUGCCACUGCAGGCCAUGGCAGAAGCCCCCGAUUCAGACGUCAUGGGCACCCAGUUAGGCCGCAUCGUUUUCGUAUUUGACAGCAAGAAGAUCUCCCUCCUGUAUAGCCUGCUGCAGGACAUCACCAUGAUCAAUGCCAAAGCCCUCGACCUGGACUCCUACCCUAUCCCGAUCCUCCAGCAGAUCCUGUCCGCCUUUAAGAUUCGGGUGAAGGUCCAGGAAAGGCCGGACCUGGAUGUGCUCACCGGCUUCCACCUGCUGGAUGGGAAGAUCCACCUCCUCAUCUUGGAGGGCUUGGCUGACCAAGGCUUGAAGCGGCUGUGGGAGAGCCACCAAAGCCGGAUCACCAAAGCAGAGUGCGGGACAUACAAGGUGCUCUACAACUCCCAGCUGCUGUUUCAGCAGCGCCUCUACGCAGACCUGGACACCAUCCUGUACCACAUGCACCUCUGCAAGCCACUGUCUCAGCUCAUGAAGCACGUGGCGCUCCACCUCCGCAGCAGGGUGAUGCAGAAGGCCUUCCGGGCCCUGACCAGGAUCUACUGCAUCUGCCAUUACAGCACCAAGCUCAGGGAGGUGAUCACCCGAGACCUGCUGCCUUCCUCCACCAUGAUCAAGCACUUGAGCCAGGAGUUUGGCUUGCCCAUUUCCCUAAAAGAACUCAUCGACAACAAGAAACUUUUGGCCACCCCACCUCAACCCACCUCCACGCUUGACCUGCGAAGUCGGAAAUCCACCCUCAACACUGAGAUCCUCGCCCACCAGGAGAAGUACCUGCAGUGGCGGAACAGUGUGAUGAAGAAAAGAUACGAGACUUUCAAUCUGAUCCAGAAAAACAUCAGCAAAGCCUACCAGGUGAGCAGGAAGUCCCCAAAGCCCGUGGUGAGGGUGAUUCGGGGUUCGAUCCCUGCUACAGAGGAUGUGUACAACUACAGCACUCAGGCCCUGAACUCGGCAGAGCUGGUCAAGAAGAAGCUGUACGGUGAGAUGAACAAGGAGCCAUGGAAAAGAUACACGUAUUCACAGCAUUUCCUCUCAGCCAUGGUGGAGACUCGGAAUUUAAAGGAAGAGGAGAAAAAAGCCAAGGAGAAGUCCCGCCAGGCCUGGCUCACAACCAAUGGGUUCCGAGUGAUCGGUCUUCAUAAGAGCACUGAGAGCGACCACCACCUCGACCUGCUGCCCAUUGGUGCCACCACAGAGCUGACCGAGCUGAUUGCUACUUACACUUGGAGGGAAAGGAGUGAGCCCGGCUUCCUCCUCCCACCGCAAGGCUACAUCUUCAACAGGCUUUUCUAG